UGACCGGCCAUCCUCCUCUCAAAGUGCAUCGCCCACCUUCGCUCGGUCCCUCACCUUUUCUCUCCUUCUCUCUGCGUCUGAUUCUCUCUCAACACAAACAGCUCUUCUUAUUCAGAGAUCUUCUAUUGGAGACUUUGCACAGGACCAUCAGCUUGUUCUUAUUCUGCUCCAUGACCGGAAAACAUUCUUACUAAAUCAGCGAGUUCGUCAGCAUGCGUUGUGUGAGCUGGUUGCUGUUUGGGACCUCCAUCCUGGUCCUGGGCCUGGCGGUGCAGGGAGCCCCGGGCCAGUGCCCAAACCUGUGCCACUGCCACGGGGAACUUCAGCACGUGAUCUGUGACAGCGUGGGGCUGAAGAAGAUCCCCCGGGUGUCUGAGGUCACCCGCCUGCUGAACCUGCAGAGGAACAGCCUGGGCAGCAUCCCCACGGGGUCCUUCACCGACAGCAGGGGCCUCAUCUCUCUGCACAUGCAGCAAUGCCAGCUGAGGGAGAUCGGGUCCCAGGCCUUCAAGGGGCUGAAGAAGCUCAUCUACCUCUACCUGUCCAACAACCAGAUCAGCAGCCUCAAGCCCGGCGCCUUCGAUGACCUGACGGCGCUCACCUACCUCUACCUGGAUGGGAAUCAGAUCAGCGACCUCGCCAAGGGCGUCUUCUCCCCCAUGAUCAACCUCUUCAUCCUGCAGCUGGACGACAACCGGCUCCGGGAGCUGCGGCCGGGGACCUUUACGGGGGCCAAAGACCUGCGCUGGCUGCACAUGAGCGGGAACGAGCUGACCACGCUGCAGCCAGGCUCUCUGGACGAGGUGGAGAAUCUGGCUAUAUUCCACCUGGAGAGGAACAGGCUGUCCACCUAUCCCAUCGCGGCGAUGAGCAAACUGCGGGUGGUGGAGGAACUGAAGCUGGGGAAGAACCCCAUGAGGACCAUCCCAAACAUCGCCUUCCAGAGCUUUGGGCGCUACAUGGAGAAGCUACAUCUGGACAACAUGGGGCUGGAGAAGUUCUCUGACGGUGCGUUCACUGGUGUGACUGCAAUCAAGACACUGAACCUGGAUAACAACAAGCUAAAGUUCCUUCCCAAAAGCCUGAAUUUCAGCAGCAUCGCCAUCACCAACCUGACCCUCACUAACAACCCGUGGGGCUGCACGUGCCAGCUAGCUCCAUUGCGGAGGUGGAUGGACUCUAGUCGCAAUCGUCUAGAAGCAGUGUGUGCAUCUCCCCCUCAGCAGAAAGGAAAGCAAGUGAGAGACAGCACCGCCUUGAGUGGCUGCAAAGUCAAGUCAAAGAAAAACAAAAAGGGCCGACAGCAGUAGAGGAGACGCUGAAGAGGAGCCUGUCCAGGUGACUGGCUACACAAGCAACUCAAAGAAAUGCUGACUCAUUAUACUUCAAAGCUGUCCCUCUAUUCAUCUGCCAAAUAUUGUCCCUAGUGUAAACACAGACAAAAACAUUCCUAUUUACCUUUGCUCUCCGUCUGUGGCGCUCACACCGGACAAAUCAAGAACUUUAUAGACCUGAGACAUAACUUUACAUGUGUUUUCCUUCAUUUAUAUAAAAGAAGCACACAUAAGAACCAGAAAUGUGCAACAUCCAGGUUACCAACAAAAUAAAAGAUGCAUUUGUGUAUUUGAAUGCUACAAAAAGCACUAAAGACAAACAUCUUGUCUUAUAUUUCUGGCUCAGAGAACAGGAUACAUGGUGAAAAUGAGAAUAUUUGAAUGCUUGCCUUGAGGAUAACUUAAAGUCUUGGUUAGCAUGAAACUCAAACUAGAUAAGCUAAAAGGAAAUGCUCAACAUUUUAAGAUAAAGGCUUAAUCACUGUUUUACAGAGAGUGAGAUUAAGCUACUGGUUAGCUUAACACAAAGACUGCAAACAGCUAGCCUAGCUUGUUUGCGAUGUGACAAAAUACCCCAGCAAUACCUGAAAACCUACGUUAUCAACAUUAACAGAUACCUUGUUAAAUUAAAACAUAUUAUGAAAUUAACUAAACUCUUUAUCUUUGAUUCAUUAUUGAUAUACAAAAUAAUGAAUGUCCGUUAUUUCAACACAGUCUCACGGCAUUUCGUGUUAUAGUCACGACAUUUAAUCUAUUGAUUCGUGUUCACCAACACGA